GCAACCUGUCCCGUCUCGCCUCGUCCCGGUCGCCCUGCACCUCAGCUUGAGCUCAGCCGGUCGAAGAUGCCGAACCCGGCACCGCCGGCGGGAGCCCUAGGCGAGGACGAACGCGAUCCCGUCCCCAGCCAGGCGACCGACCAGACCCAAGAAUGGGAGGUCAUGGCGGGAGCUUGGCUGCGGGCCUUCCCGGAGGCGAAAGAAGUGACGGCCACCGAGGUCGAGGCUUGGAUCGACGUGAACCACGUCUCCCUCCCGUCGGAGCUCAAGUCCAUGGAGAGGUCCGAGCUCAUCGAGCGCCUCCUCUCCAUCCAGAACAUCCUCCGAUUGCCCGCCCAGAUCCAUGGCGAGCAGGAAAAGGAAACAACUCAUAUGAAUUAUCCACCAGCUCGGUUUCAACGUACCGAUCAAUGGAUACCGGUUUAUUCCUGGUUGGAAUCACUGGACCAGGAUGACGUAGUUAAAUCCAAGGAUAUAUCUGACUGGCUAACUGACAACCCAGAGAUCAGAGAACAGCUUUGCUCCAGACAUUCUCGAUAUCAUUUGACGCACUACAUCAAAAAAUGCCAUAUGAAGAUACUAAAGAGACGGGACAAACAGAAGCUGCUUCCUCAAGCUCCUUCUAUUAAUGCUAGCAAAAACGCAGUUCAGAAGCAAGCAAUGCAACUUCCAUCCAAUCCUUUGAACAACAUACCAAGAGAUAGUGAUCUUUACAUGGCAAAACGAAAUGAAGCAUUUCAGAAGUACGAAAUUUUGGUUGCACUGGAAAAGCAAUUGUCAACCCUCUUUCCGAAGCCUCAAGUCGUAAACAAGUGAACCGCGUGGAGCUCAAGUCAGUUUGUAUAUGCACUUAGCAAGGGUGAAUUGUUGUGUUUCCUGCUGGUUUUAGGUGCAUGCACAGGAGUGGAACAACAGGAGUUUUAUCUCUGGGCACGGUGCCUUUGUGAAUAAUCUCUCUCCUUUAGUUUGUUGCGUGAUGAAUGAUUUUGUUUUUGCAAAGCUUUGCUGCCUGCACAGAAGAAUGGUUAGCUGCUGAUAUUCAUCUGGUGUAAAAAUUGUAAUAGAGAUUUCGAUGAUGGCCGUGGAAUAGAGUAGGAAUGGCCAAGUAAGACUUCUAGAGAAGCUGGCAUGUAGCAUUUCUUUGCUGUUUUUCAUAUCAAAAUUUCAGAAAAUGAUGUACUGGUCCAUGAUUAAGAUUAUGCUUUGCUAAGCCAAUUGAUCAUGGCAGGGUAUUUCGAGGAACAAUUAGGAGGUCACUAUAAGUCCCUGUUGAA